CGCCGCGAGCUUCCGGAGCUGAGGCCCAGGCGGCCCGCGGGGGGAAGUCUCUCCCCUCCCGGGGCCCUCGGCUUCCUUUUCUGGAAAGCAAGGGGGUGUGUCCGGAGGUCCCGGGCCCGCAGCCGCAGAGCUGCCCCCGCCCCCGCGGCCGCCGCCACCAUGCUGAGGACGCUGCCCCGCGCGCUGCGGGCCCUGGGCCCCCGGGGUCCCGCCUGCGGGCCGGCCCGCGGCUGGGCCUCCCGGGACGCGGCUCCGGGCGCGGAGAUCCAAGUGAGCGCCCUGCGCGGGGGCCGCGACGCAGGUAUCGUGGAGAUUUCCAUGAACAGGCCGCAGGCCCGAAAUGCUCUGGGCAAAGUCUUUGUCGGUGAGCUGUCCGAUGCCUUGGAGGAGCUUCGCCUGGACAGGAGCGUCCGAGUGCUCGUGUUCAAGAGCACUGUCCGGGGGGUGUUCUGUGCAGGUGAGUUUUCGGUGUGGGAGUUUGAUGGGGAGGUUUCCGUUUCAUGUUCCUCCCGGUGGCUAAAAGAGUGCCCGGAGCGGGCAGGUGGCGUGUGCGGUGGGGAGACGAUGGGGAGGGGAAUGACACUGCAGAGACCCCUGAAAAGUUGGGCUUUUGCACUGACAGCCGUUGGGUUCGGGGAGGACUUGGGGGAGAUCGUGAAUGAGAGAUGGCGGGAGGCAGGGAUAUGUCAUAGUGGCCGUGACGGGGGAGCCAUGUUUUGUAUCCUCUCCAAUCCCUCCUCUCCAUAUUGUCCCAAAUUAUACGAGGGAGCCCGGGUGAAUAAAGGGCAUGGGGAGAGGAUGGGAGGGGGAGGGGGCCUGGAGAGGAUGGGGAGGACUUUCACCUUGUCUCCUCCUUCAAUAGCUUCUUCCGCCAUCAUGGGACUGAUAGAAACAACCCGUGGACUCCUUCCAGGGGCAGGGGGCACCCAGCGCCUGCCUCGGUGCGUGGGCGUGAGCCUGGCCAAGGAGCUCAUCUUCACGGGACGCCGGAUCGGUGGGGAGGAAGCGAAGGGCAUCGGGCUGGUGAAUUAUGCGGUGCCCCAGAACCAGGAGGGCACAGCUGCCUACCAGCGGUCGCUGGAGCUCGCCAGGGAGAUCGUGCCGCAGGCCCCCAUCGCGGUGAGAAUGGGCAAAGUGGCCAUCGACAAAGGGAUGGAGGUGGACAUCGCCUCUGGGAUGGCCAUCGAAGGGAUGUGUUACGCCCAGAACAUCCCGACCCGGGACAGGCUGGAGGGGAUGGCGGCUUUCCGGGAGAAGCGGCCGCCCCGCUUUGUUGGCGAGUGAG